AUGAGUAAGCACAAGCAUAGAAGAACCUAAUCAAAUUCAGAAGUCGAUUUAAGAAAUGCUUUAUGUCAAUAGGAUGAUAAGAAACACUUCAUUGAGAUAUUUAAUCAUGCUUCGCACAUUCAACCUUAAAUUCCAGAAAAAGAAGUUAUAAUUGAAAAAUUAGAAGAUGAUUAUGCGAUGCAACAUCUCAAAGAGAAUUGUGGUUUAACAUUUGGCAAUUCCAAAAAAAAAUCAAAUUUUGGAUCCUAUUAACCCAACAAUCUCUUUUUGAUUCCUGAAUAGAAUGAUUUGUUGUCAAGUGUUGAAUAAACCUAAGAAUCAGGUAAAAAGCUCACUUCAGGAAUGAAAUUGAAUGUUAAUACUUAAAAAAGAUAAACCAAUAGCGUUGAACAAAAAAAUAAUAAUGAUCAAAAGGAGAAUUUAAAAAAUGAACAUAAUAGAUAAAAUUCGACAUUAAUAAGUUAGAUUUAAGCUCAAUUAAGGGAUGUCACUCAUUUGAUGAAUAGCGAUAAAUUAGAUUUAUUCAAUAAAAUGAGUUUUACUAAAGAACUACAAAAGAAAACUGCAAUUUUACCUGUCCAAGUUCCAUUUAGUCAUUAAACCACACUGCAACCAUCCUUAAAUCAUAAUUACUCUCAACAACAACAAUCUUAAUCUCAACAUCAAUAGCCAUCAACUCAACUCAAUAAUAAUAUACUCUAAUAAUAAAAUCCUAAUAUUUAACCCUAAUUAUUAGUGCAUCAAAAUUCUUUAAAAAAUGUUUCUAAACAUACUAUAACUCCAGAUAGAAAAAGAACUCCUUCAAUGGCAAUUAAUAAACCAUCAGGAAUAGAAGCACCAUUCCAAAAAUCUGAUAAAUCCAUUAAUGAAAGUGAGAAACCAAAAAAUAAUUUAUCAGUCUCGAUUUUUAAUAAUCUUUUCCAAUAAAAUAAGAAAAUUUCUAUAAGUCAUAUCGCAAAUAAACCAGAUCAAUAAAAUGAUUCUUUUAGAAAAUUGGAAACUCAAAUGAAAAAAAUUGAAAGAGAAUUAAUGUCUUUAAAAUAGAGGCAAGAUUAACAGGAUGAAAUAAAUAAAACUAUUUAAUAAUAACUACAACAAGUAAUUCAUGAUAGUAGAAAGCAAAGAGAACAAGGUCAUUUGUCUUUAAAAAAGUUGGAGUAGCUUGAAAUGAUCACUAGAAGAAAUGAAGAAUCUAUUAUGUACCUGAGAUAAACAUUGGGGGGUCAUAAGAGAAUGGAUUCAAUGACACAUCAAACUGAUUCUACUGAAUUGAGCGAUCAACAUAGAAGAUUUACUGAUUUAAAGAGUUUGAACAGAUACAUUUGA